AUGGAAAGUUUAUUAUACAGUAAUUAUUUUGAACGAAACUAUAACUGUUCUUUUUACGAUUAUAAUUCAAUUCCUGUAGAGAAUAGACGAAAUUUAAUUGUUGGAAUAAUUUUGUUGAUUCUCUAUGUUAUUUUUGAAGUUUUAUAUUUGCCAUGUUUGGGGGUUUUUGCACAAAAAGAAAAUCUUCGAGAAUCUUGUUAUAAAUUAAUGCUUUUUAUGGGAAUAUUGUCAAUGAUUAAUAUAAAUUCUAGCGGUUUAAUUAUUGGGAUAUAUGCAAUUAGAGGGGAUGUUUUUUGUAGUAGACCUUUAUUUAAUUAUAUUAUUGGAAUGCCCGCUUUUGGUUUGUAUUGUUCUGAAUCUCUAAUAGCAAUGGUUCUAGCUUUAAAUCGUUGUAUCGAAAUGUAUGACCAUCAACUGGCAGAAAAAAUAUUUUCGGGAAAUAAAAUUUAUUAUUGGAUAAUAUCUUCAUUAAUUUACGGAUUUAUUUUGGGGUUUUUCACAAUUCCUCCAAUGCCAAAUGGAUUGUUAGUUGGCUGGUUUUGGAAUCCACAUAUUGUUUAUUUUCAAGAUUUGGAAGGAGUGGUAAAUGAGAAACUUUGA